AUGUCUCAUUUGAGAUCUCCACGUUCAAAAGUAUCAUAUAGUAGUAAUGUCCCCUUUUCAAAGGUAGAUGUAUACGAUGAUAAUGGUAGUAUGCCACCUGAUACUAGGGUGCUUACUCCCAUCCAUUGUCAAUUGCCAUCUUUUGAUCAGAGUUAUAUCGUUCAGCAUGCCUUGCAUCAAUACCUCGCAUUGUUUGAACAAAAUAAUAUCUUGGUUCCACUGAUGAGAAAAAAGGUUUCAGAUAGUGGUGGAAACAGAGUUCCUUCUUUCGAGAAACUUCUCACGCUCGCAUUGGUUUGCAAAUCAUGGUUUAAAUAUGUUUCAUGUCGACUCACUCGAUUCAAUGCAGCUUGGGAAGGCGAUUGUAGUAAAUUCGAUAAGUUAGAAAGUCGUCUUAUCCUCCCAACACCGUGGUCACUCUACCACGUUGAUAAUAUUCUCAGACUAACAAUCCAAGAGCUUGGUUGGAACGAUGAACAAAAGUCUGAUGAAGAUAGACUGGACAUUGUGUGUGGCUAUAUUGACAAUUUCCCAAAUCUCACAACCAUUGUCAUUCGAACUCAAGUUGGUGAUUGGGUGGUUGACUGUCUAGCCGAGAGCUAUCCACAUAUCGAUAUUCAAUCUAUCAAAAUGAAAGUAAAAGACGUCGAGAUGGAAGGUGACAAGAAAAUAGUGACAGAAAGCUUUUACAAUUUUGUUAGAUGGUGGCAAACAGAUUCGAUUAAUCUUCGCUUCGAAAACGUAUGGGACGAGAAUCCCAGAAUGCAUACUAGAUACAACACACUCUUUAGAAUCAAGACACUCAGACACUUGAGAAUUGAUGAUGAUUUAAUAGAACUACGUGAUUUACUCGUUGCGGUCAGCGAAUGUCCACAUAUUGAAUCAUUGGCAGUUGCUAUUUCCUUCUGUCAUCUUGGUGGCAGUGAAGAUGGUCAAGGACUUUGCAAAUGUUAUGGUAUCAACGAGCAUAGUGGUGUCCCCAUGGAUGAUCCAGAGAACUGGAACAGAGUAUGCAAAGCACUAGCUUCCAAUCAAACUAUCAAAAGACUUUCCAUUAGAAAUUGGUGUUACCCUGCAAACCAUAGAAAGAUCACCCCAGAAUCUCAACAAGCUUUUGCUCAGAUAUGGGCAUUGAACACAACGAUUAAAUUCCUCUUGCUUGACAGCAUGAGAUUAAUUGUUUGCUCGCAACUCUUUGAGUCAUUCGAAAUCAAUAAGACCAUCACCCACCUCUUGCUCCACAACUGUAUUCAAGAUGACUAUCAACUAGAGUUGUCUUUCAAGAAAUUCGCGCAAAACAAUCAGACAAUCACUUUCCUAUCGCUAUUUAAUAAUCAUGUAUCAGGUGGCUAUCAUAUUGAAGAGGCAUUUAAAACCAACGAAACGAUUACUCAUUUGAUAUUACCGGAUCUCGUGCAAGCAAAUAAGCGAUUAUUCGAAUGCCUGAUUGAGAAAGACAAGAUACAGUACUUGGGAUUGUCUUCACGUCUCAGGGGAGGUGUUGCACACGAAACCAAGAAUUACACCCAAGAAUAUCGAACCACAUCAAAAUCACUUUGCAAUCUCUUUUAUUAUGUCAAUAGUUUUGGUGUGCCUAUAAAUCGCACAUUAUCCAAUUCUCUAUGGAAUGAUAGUAAUCAAUAA